CGCGAGUGUGGUUUACAGCAUGAAUUACAGAUUAAUUUUUUGUGCUUAAACCACACAGGUUAGGAUGUGUAUAAAAUUCAUUCUUUCCUGGUUGUUGUGUUUUGGAUUUAAACAAGCAUAACUAGAGAAAGACAUCUGGGAGUGUAAGGAAGCGUGUCUGACAUCAGACUAGGUCAUAUUUUCAUUUUACCAUGACGUAGCUGUAUAAGUUUCUUUACAUCCGGAUAAAAAUCAUAGAAAAAUGAAAAACUCGUUGAACUGGGUGUUGUUCAUGAUAUGGACCCUUACAUGUUUUCCGUCCUGUGUUACGUCGUCCAAACGUUGUUAUUACUCUGAUGGUCAGAUUCGAGGAUAUUGCCAUGACCAGACCUUUUCAGAACCAGGACAUGUCCGUUUUGCAGUGAUGGUAGGGAUUCACGAACCACGUGAUGGACACUACUGCGGUGACAUAUCCCCCAGUGGUGUCCAGACUGCUAUGGCAGUCAAAUGGAUCGUGGAUAUUCUGAACGGAGCAGGGACAUUUCCCAACGCAUUUGUACCUGGCAUUAAAAUAGGUUUCGAUGUCUAUGAUGACUGUGGAAUUGUGUCACGUGCCACGGAUGGCGUGUCGGAGCUGGUCCCCAACACAGAUUCGAAGAUACCAAUGACUUGUACCGCGCAGUGUGAUGAACAACAGCCACCAUUUUUAGGACUGCUGAGUUCUAGCACACCAGAAGCCACGUCAGCCACACUAUCUGUACUUCCUCCAGCCAUUACAGGAGUGACCUCACGAUCAUCGUACAAUGAAAGGAAUGACAGGCGACAUACAUUUACAACAUCCGAAGAAGAAGAAGUCGAGGGAAUUUUUAAGCUGAUGGAACAUCUUAAAUGGUCUAUGAUAGCUGUUGUAUACACAGAUGAUCAACUCGGCGUAAAGAUGUACAACGCGCUUCUUCAUCAUUCUAAACGAUCUGGAAUAUGCUUGACGUACACGUCUGUUUUAAAGGAGAGGGAGUUGUCCGAAUCGAGUGGGAAAGAACAACUUGAAUCAAUCAUAGAAAAUCUAGAGAAUAAACAGAAAAAAUUAACCCAAGAAAAGUUAGGCGUGGUGUUCCUUGCAAAUACGAAAACAGCAAAACUCUUGUUUCAGUAUGUCAUAGAUCGUGAAACCAACGUCAUUGUCCACAAACUUCAGUGGGUGUUACCCUCAAAUAUUCACCUGGAUUACAAUUUUAAAAGUAUCCUUACUCAACAGAGUGCUCCAAGAGUAAUUUUUGUAGAAAAACAUCAUAGAUUGUUGACCUCGUUUAAAGAAUUCUUCGUAAAUGAAUUGACAAAUUCAGUAAAAUAUAGCGAACCCGUCAAGUCGUAUUUGGAUCAAUAUGAAAUGCAGAUGCUAGAUCGCACUGAUACAAGCAAAAGUGACCUGUUGGAGGUGUUUAGACAAACGGAAAGUGUGUUUCCCACCGUUACCGCCAUCAUGAUGUUUGCUGCUUCUCUUCGAAAGAUUCAGCGAGACCUGUGUAAUGUUCAAAGCAACCUGUGUCCGGUGUUGCAUUCCAAUUUAACUGAAGAAAUGCUUCGGUUGGAUUCCUCGUAUUUUCAAGACAUAGACAGUUCUAGUGCUUUUCCAGAUGAUUUGAAAAAUAUAACUUUAACAAAUGACAGUUUUUCGAUCUCUUUCAAGAACAUGCAUGGUCUUAGAUUCUCAAUAUUUGAGCCAUCCGACCAAACACUUCAAAUGCUGGCAAGUCUUGAGACUGGUGAACUCAUUAUACACGACCAAUCCAAGUCACGGGAUCUCACCUCGGAAUGCAAAUCGACGUGUGAAGAAUGUUGGAACACAGAGGACAUUAAAUUUGCCUAUAUUCCAGGAGACGUUUUACUUCUGGGAAUUUUUUCACUGCGGGAAGACGGAGCCACUUCCGCCACAGAUUCAGCAAACAAAUAUAACUGUGGUGCUUUCCGGGACUCUUACGCACCCCUCACCGUUUCUGCGUUUCUUCAUUCGAUUACAAACUUACAACAGCAAACUCUUGCAGGAGUAACGGUUGGUGGAAUCGCCUUAGAUGACUGUUAUAAUCCCCUCAGUAUCUCAUACCUCUUAUCUGAACUAUUCACUGGAAAACGUUCCUUGUUGGACCAAAAUACAGGAGAGAAGAUCGAUUUUAGUAAAGUUAUUGCAGUGAUAGGUGCCCUCUCUAGUAAAGUAACUCAAAUUAUAGCCGAUCAGCUGACUUCACUGGAUAUUCCACUGGUAUCUUACGGAGCUUCGUCCGCUUCGUUAGAUGACAGAAUUCGAUACCCUUUGUUCUUGAGGACAGUGCCCAGCGAUGAUUUUCAAGUUCAGGGAUUGGUAGAUCUCCUAGAAAAACUCAAAUUUAGUCACGUGGGAGUGAUUUACCUCGAUGACGCCUAUGGUCGAAGUGCAAAACAGUCCUUCUUGACUAUGACUGAAUACAAAAAGAUUUGCAUCGAAGAACCACUACCUAUUACGGAAGAUUUUACACCUCAACAAAUUCAGAGCAUUAUCGACAAACUAAUCGAACAAAGAGUGAAGGUGGUUCUCUACAUCGGAAUUGAUACCGUUUCGGAGAAGUUGUUGGACAAUCUUCAGUCAAUGACUGCAACUAAUCACUUCACAUUUGUGGCCAGUGAAGGCUGGGGAACGAACACACGGAUUUUAGCUGGGGACAAGGGUAAGGCAGCAGCAGGAACAUUGGUUUUCGUGACAAACAAUAGCUUCUAUAUGGAUGAUUCUUUUAAACGUUAUCUGGAAAACAUAACUUCGUCGUCGAGAUCCCAUAAUCCAUGGUUGAAUCACUUCUGGGAAAUGGCUCUUGAAUGUGAUUUUCCAGGAUCAUUUCAUAAACGAUAUACCCAAUCUUGCAGCAGCGAAACACAUUUUUCACAAAGCCAAGUUGAGAAUUUUUCCUCCGCCCAAAGAGGCGUCCAUGUGCACCAUGCUGCCUUUGCCAUCGAAAAAGCUUAUGUUCAAGUAAUGAACGACCCAAUAUGUCAACAUUUUCGAAGGCGAGAAUGUGCCAACAAAUUUGUAACUGCCAUCAAAUCAACAGAGCUAAUAGCUAGUAAUGGUCAAAGAAUCAAAGUGUUUAAGGAUGACGGUAAUGGGUUCAUGGGGUUCACAGUUUAUAACAUCCAGCCAGAUGGCCAGGAUGCAUACAAUUACGUGAAGGUCGGUUCCUAUUCAUCCACAAACAGCGAAAAACUAACGUUAAACGUGUCAAAUAUAUUGACCUACAAGGAAGGUAGUCCACCCAUCCGUGUGAAUAUGAAUGAUCUAGGAGCAACAUGUGAAACCGCCAGAUCCUCUAGAGCCCACUGCCUCUCAGUGUGUCCAUAUACAUCUACCGUGCCUCCUACCACAUCUGCUCCCAAAACAUCUUCACCUGACACCCAGACAUCAGACAACAGCACUUUGUUAAACAUAGUCCUCGCCGUUAUGAGUGGUGUUUUCUUGAUCGUUCUCAUCUUUCUUGCUGUAAUGAUGUGUAGACAGCAAAGAAUGGCAAACGCCUUUCAAAAUAAAGGAAUUACAAUUCCUGGUCCCGAGGAGAACAACUUUGAAAUAUAUGAUGAGCCUUACAGAGAAAAACGAAUGCGUACCACGUCUUUUGAACAGAAUGAACAUGUCAAUUCAUCGACAAGUGGAGUUGCAUCUAUGAGAUCAGGCCAUUCAAAUUCCCGAAACUUUUCAAAUGGUACGCAAAAUAGCAUUAAAACACCGAUUAAGUAUUCUGAUGUCUUGCAAUUAGAAGUACCAACUAUUAACACUCUGAAAUACGGAUCGCGUGCUUCAGUUGCUACAUAUCUGGAUCCUGCUAAUUCUGAUAUUCCAAAGAUUCAGAUCACUCGGGAUGACUCCAAUUUCCAAAACUACGGGAAAGCUGUAUCUGAUCAGAUUGAAAGAACUCGUUCUGCUGAUGACCUGCAAGACUCAGAUCCAAAACUUAACUAUAUUCAAGCCAAAGAUCUUGACAUAGAAGACGAAGAAGAACUUGUGGAGCAAGGCUCUGAUCUAAGUUACCAACAUCGUGCAGUUUCACUAAAUGACAAUAUGAUGAGGGGAUAUCCGGCUAUUUCCUCUCAACGACCCAAUACUUUACCGGGUAUUCCGUCUCGAUCCGAACUGGUCGACCCCGGUCUGAUGGAUACGCCAUCUUAUUCCGCGCCUGUACCCCCAACGCAUUUAUCUCCUAUGUAUAUAGACGCAGUUCACGACUCACAAGUAGUUGACCCAUCCAAUUAUCCCAGUAUACCUGUACAAAUACAAGGUAAUCCUAACAAUACACAGCUUCUGAUGGUUUCACCUGGGGCGUAUGUUCCUUCCAUGAGUUAUCAAGGAAUUCCGUCCUCAAGAUUUCAACAAGUCUAUAUUCCAACCAUCCAUCCAUCAAACAUCGGUUAUCAAAUACCGGCAAAUGUCACAGACAUUCAACGUCCACGAGUUUCAUCCCUUUCCGCUGGUGUCCCACAUUCUGCAAUAGUUCCACAAACGUAUUUCCCUCAAGAGUUUCAAAGAGUCGGGACCCCUCAAAAUGUUAAUAGCUUAGUCUUACAAAACACUGAGCAGAACGAAUUUGUGUCCAGCACUUUGCCAGUAUACAGAAACAAAAGUAAAGACCAAAGAGAGCAUUAUCAUUCAAUGACGUCGAUGCCUGACGUUAUUUCUCAUGAAAAUGACGAUGGUGCUGAAAUCAUGAUAUAGAUGAAAAAUUGAUGAUAAGUAAUCAAAUCAAAAAACAUAAACAAGAAAAAUAUACCAGGGUAUGCCAUAUUUUAUAUACACUCAAGAAGUAUGUACUUGUAUCGUUUGAGAAGUCUCAUAUCAGUUUCAUAUUGUUAUUGUGACAUUUCAGAUUGUUUUCAUUUUCAUUUUGCCACCAACAUUAUCAAUUUCUACACUUUAAUUGUAUUUUGAAUGCUUUGUAUAAAGAAAGAUUUCGUACACGGAAUACAUUCUGUAGUAUGGCAAAGUUUAUUUUGUGUUCAGAUUUCAAUCAAGCAUGUCCUGUUCCUUUUCACACCAUGCUUUGUGUACUUGAUGAAUGAUUAUCCAUAUGAUCCUUAUGCAGAACAAUUAUAAUGUUCAAUACAAUUUGACUAUUUAAA